GGGGGGCGCCGUUGGCGCGAGAUAGGAAAGCGCCGCCAGCGCCGCUGCUCCGGACCCGCGCCCGCCCUCAGCCCGGCCCGGCCCGGCCCGGCCCGCCAUGGCUCGCCGCGCCCGCGGUGAGGAUCAGGAUGAGCUGCAUUACCAGGAUACCGAUUUGGAUGUGCCGGAGCAGCGGGAUGGCAGGUGCAAAGUCAAGUGGACACCAGAAGAGGAUGAGCAGCUGAAGAUGUUAGUGAGCCAUUAUGGGCAGAAUGACUGGAAGUUCCUGGCCAGCCACUUUCCUAACCGCAGUGACCAGCAGUGUCAGUACCGGUGGCUGAGGGUGUUGAAUCCAGACCUGGUUAAGGGUCCGUGGACCAAAGAGGAGGAUCAAAAGGUGAUUGAACUGGUUAAAAAAUACGGCACCAAACAGUGGACCCUGAUAGCCAAGCACCUGAAAGGGCGGUUAGGGAAGCAGUGCCGGGAACGCUGGCACAACCACCUGAACCCUGAGGUGAAGAAGUCCUCGUGGACAGAGGAGGAGGAUCGCAUCAUAUUCGAGGCCCACAAGGUCCUGGGGAAUCGCUGGGCAGAGAUUGCCAAGCUGCUGCCUGGGAGGACCGACAAUGCUGUGAAGAAUCACUGGAACUCCACCAUCAAGCGGAAAGUGGACACGGGAGGUUUUCUCAAUGAAACCAAGGAGUCCAAGUCGCUGUACUUCCUCGUGGAGGUGGAUAACAAGGAGAAGCCAAGUCAGACUACAGCUGAGAGCCAGAACGUCCUGCCAAACUGGCCAGUGGAUAUCUCUGAAAUAAAGGAAGAAGAUGUCAGUGAUGAAGAAGUGACGGGUGUGCAGGAGUUGCCCUUGGAGCUGCCGGCUGCAGGAGUGGCAGAGCAGAAUGUGGAGGGGACCCCAGAUGAUGCAGUGCCCGAGGAUGGCACUUCAUUGGUCGAGUCACCGUACAAAUGGGUCGUUGAAGCUGCCAACUCUUUGUAUCCAGGCUGUGCCCCAGCCUUCAGUGAAGCUCUGGACAUGAUUGAAUCUGACCCAGAUGGGUGGUGUGACCUGAGCCAGUUUGACCUGCCCGAGGAGCCCUCGGCCGGCGGCAGCAGCGGCAGCGCCAGCCCGGCCAGAGCAGCGCCCGGCGAGGCGGCCCCGGCGCUGCCCAGCGUCACCGAGUACCGCCUGGACGGCCACACCAUCUCCGACCUGAGCAGGAGCAGCAAGGGAGAGCUCAUCCCCAUCUCCCCGCACGCCGAGGGCAGGUUUGGCACCCCGCCCUCGGUGCUGAAGAGGCAGAAGAAGAGGAAGAUCUCCCUCUCGCCCGUCACGGAGAACGUCGCCAGCACCAGCAUGUCCUUCCUGGACUCCUGCAACAGCAUGACACCCAAGGGCACCCCUGUAAAGACACUGCCCUUCUCUCCAUCUCAGUUCUUGAACUUUUGGACCAAACAGGAUACCCUAGAACUGGAAAACCCCUCCCUGACCUCCACGCCUGUGUGCAGCCAGAAGGUGAUUGUCACCACCCCACUGCACAGGGACAAGACCCCUCUGCUCCAGAAGAACUUAACGUUUGUCACACCAGAUCAGACAUAUGUGGUGGACAACACCCCUCACACUCCCACACCUUUCAAAAAUGCCCUGGAGAAAUAUGGACCAAUUAGACCUCUGCCCCAGACUCCUCACCUGGAAGAAGACUUGAAGGAGGUGCUCCGAAGUGAAGCUGGCAUCGAACUCAUCAUAGAGGAUGAUGUGAAGCCUGAGAAACAGAGGAGGAAACAAGGGCUGCGCAGGAGUCCCAUCAAGAAGGUCAGGAAGUCUCUGGCCCUGGAUAUUGUGGAUGAAGAUCUGACACAAAACCUGCCUGCCCUCCCCAAGAAUGUGUGUUUCAAAAGAACCCAGCCUGUGAAUUUCCUGUCAAGGUCCCUGAACCUCUCCUCCUCGAGCAGGAAGCAUGACAGUGGUUUGCUCAACAGAGCCUUCGUGCAAGUGCAGCCAGAGAAGAUGUCCUACAGGAAAAUGCCGAGCCAUUUCAGGCCACCAGCACCGAUGACCAGGGCUUGGAAAGCAGUGGCCUGUGGUGGAACCCAAGAUCAACUCUUCAUGCAGGAGAAAGCUCGACAGUUUUUGGGCACCUUGAAACAGAGUCACACGUCAAGGACCUUAAUCUUAUCAUGAAGGAUUGUUCUGCUAUCUAAUUUUAUUUUUUAAACUUUUUUUAAUGAGUGGAUGGGGAACCACAGGAAAAAAUGUCUUCUGCCAGGCCUUAGUCUAUGGGAGUGGAUUUUUUUUUUCCCUUCAGUUCCCAGGUAGAUCUACAUUGUAAUAAAUUGGGCUAUCUGCUGGCUAGUGUGUGGAAUGCAAGCUUUGGGAUCAAUAUGGAAAAGCAAACGAGGGAGGCUUGGAGAGCUUGACAGCAAGACCUCUCUCUGCAAGACCUGAAUUCUGGAAAAGUGGAAGCAGCAGCCGUGUUCCACCUUGGAGCAGCACGCGCAGCGGGUGCUGGAGACCGGCCUCACAGCGUCCCUGGAUUCUGCUGCUGCUCUGCUACCUCAGGAAUGGCCUCGUGAAGGUUCCUGCAUGCCUUGAGUCUCCCUCCUGGCUUUCCCCAGGGGAUGGAACAUCUCCCUGGGCUGGAGGAGGAGGAGGAAGGGCGUGGUGCUGUGGGGUGACCUGUGCCUUGAGCCCCUUGCUCCCCGUGGGGCUGCUUUGCCCUGCCGUGGCCCCAGCGGGGCCUCUCCCCGUGACUGUGCUCCCUCUUCCAAUAAACGAUGGUGCUCACA